GGCGCGCGGUUCAGCAAUAGCUCAGCUCACUUUCACCAUGAUAAGUCACGCGCAACAGCUCCGCUUCAUUGUGAUCUCAGGCGUGCUGCUCGCGCGCGCAGCGGGGGAGAUUUCCACCCUAACCGACCUGGAUUACGGAGACUACCGCGGGAGGUGGUGCGUGGACGACCACGGAUACGUUCACGUGAUCGGACAAAUUUACUAUCCUAGUCCCAGCGCUUGUCCUUGCACGUGCACCGAUGAUGGUCCCGUGUGCAUCCAGCCGACCUGUGCACGCAUCCAUCCGCGGUGCACGCGCAUCAGGUACAAGGCGUGCUGCCCGAUGUGCGAAUCUAUGGCGCGCGUGUGCAUCUACCAAGGCAGAAGCUACAGACUCUUGGAGGAGUUUAGGAUUUCCAGGUGUGAGCGCUGCCGCUGUGGGGCCAACAGGGAAGUGUACUGCAGUGUCUCUGACUGCCCCGCCCCCCACUGUGUUAACCCCACCUACGACUCCCACCACUGCUGCCCUGUCUGCAGAGACGGUCCAAACUGCUUUGCUGGGAACAGGGUGAUCCCAGCAGGAGGGCCUGUGGACAUCAAUGAAUACACUGUCUGCUACUGCACUUACAAGGAUGGCACGUGGCACACCCACCCCCACGCUACCUGUGAACAACGCCCCCAGCCCAGCCUUAUACCCAGCUCCCCACCCUCCAGAGAGGAAGAGGAAAGAGGCCGGAGAGGGAGACCAACAUUUCCCAGAGUGGAUUUGAUUCCAUGAAAAUGUCUUAAACAUUAAAAGUCUUUUAAUUGAACCAGAAACGAACCAGAUUUUAACCAAAUGCUCACUAGAAUUACACCAUCCAUCCACUGAUAUAAAUGGCUCCAAGAUUAAUAACUAAAAUCAAUUGGAUAUUAAACAAAACUUACCAUGAAAUCAAACAUAAACAAUUUUAUUCAAAACCUAUAUCAGAACUUGACCAGAUUUGAACUGGAAAUUACUCAGAAUGAUGCAAUACUGAAACCCACCUAAGGCUAAAUUAUAAAUAAACCUGAAUUAAAGAAGAAUGCAAACCAAAAUAACACCAAAGUUAAUCUUUAAUUGACAAUAAAUCUAAAUUGAACUGAAGUAGAAAUUAGCAAAAUCUUAAAAAAUGAAACCAUCACAGCACUAGAAUUUUUUAUUUAAAUGUAUGUAGUUUGAUGUCAGGCUUUGGUGUGUGACACUAUUGCAGGACAGCUGUCAGCUCCAAAAGAAGUGUCUUUAAUAACAAAAAAAAAAUCCAAAAACCAAGGAAGAGCACAAAGCUGAAAAAAUGGUAUUAGAGCCACUAAAGUCAAAGUCCUUAAACAAACCAAGGCCAAGGCCAAGGCCAAACUCCCAAACCACACAAGAUCAAAAAAACCUGGCAAGGGAGACAAGAUUUGGUGCAUGUGGCAACAAGACAAACCUGCAUGGAAGUGAGGGGAGGAACCCAUUAAAUACAGGAAGGGGAGGGAAAAAACAAAAGGACACAGGUGGGACACAUCAGGGAGGUGUGGCAAUCAGCCCAGGGGAAACACAUGACAUUUUAAACUAAAAUCUAAUCAGAUUUUGCCAACAGUAAAGUAGAACAUAUUUAAGACUAAGCCUAAAUUUAGCCAAAACUGAAACCACAGUUCAAUUACAAUAGACCCUUUUCACGUGACGUCACACAUCGGCGGAAAGUGAAGAGUCGCCUCCAGCUCAUAUUGUUUAGAAUGGCAAAGCUAACAGCUGAACGCUGUUUAAAGCAAUUUUACAGAAAUAAUAAAAGGGAAUCUAACCAAUUGUAACUGAAAUGUGUACAAUAUUUAUUUAAUAAAUAUCCUACCUGGUUGUAUUAGUUUCCUCCUCUGAGAUCGUUCAUAAAUCAGAGUUCAAAUGUCAGUAAUCCUGUCUGCAGUCAGAACAGCAGCUCAGCUGAUCCACAAAUUCCUCUGGAUCAUUUUAAACCAGUCGUUGAUUAUUUCUCUCUGACAACAACAUUUUUUCUGUUAAAAUUGUUAAGGUUACCUUUAAUUUUUUUAUGUAAAAUUGUGUCCAACAGCGUUCAGUUCUUUGGUUUAAAUCUCUCACAGAUGACUUUCCCACAGCUACUAAUGCUGCGUCCCAUCAUGUCUGGAGCAUUGUAAACAUGCAAUUGAGUAGUGUCUUCUCAACUACUGCAUCUACAAUAGAUAUCUAUUAGAUAACUAAGUAUAGACAGUAGAUUUCUAUUAGUUUUCUAAUUGCUAUCUAUCACAGAUGUCUACAGGAUGUCUGUUUUUUUACUCAAUUAAAUGUGUUAUUAGUGUUCUGCACAAAGAGGUCUCCUACACAUCUCCCUGUAGAUAUUUCAUCUUUAGAUAUUUGUACAAGUCUAUUAGAGUAGUUUUUAAAACAUUCACUAGAUAUAAAACAGAAAAAUCAGGUCAAACAUGUUUCUGUUAUUGUAAUUCUGAAGUGAUUUCAUCCUUUUUUUCAUUUUACCAUCAAAUAUCAACAUGAGAACGUUGGUGUAGAGUCCACUUUUUAUUCAUACAUGUAAAUCAAGUCUGUACUUUUUUUAAAUACUUUUUAUUUAUUUUCAUUUUUUAACAAACAGAACAUAAACACAUGGAUGCAAGCCACUGUCUCGCUAAACAAAAAAUAGAAUGUGGGGCAAGUUAACUUGAUUUAGAGACUCAAAUUUAGUAGAAAACAAUUAUGCUUCUCUUAGUUUGGAAGCAGUCCAUUUUCUCCAGCAUCUUGAAAAUAAAUGUCCUUGAAGUUGUAGAAAGAAGGUGAGCUUUUCCAUCUGGGGAAUUUUGUCCAUGAUUUGAAGCCACUGGGCAUCUGUAGAGGGGUCGGGUUUAAGCCAGUUCCUUGUAAUAGCUUUUUUACAAGCAAUCAUUAGCACUUUGAAGAGAUAUUGAUAUUCUUUCUUGAUCACAUCUUUGGGUAGCAGUCCCAGAUCUGGUGAUCUUUAGGGUAUUAUGUAACCCAGUAUACCUUCAAUUGUUUUAAUUACACUGUCCUAGAAUGUCCUCAAUGUUUUACAGAGCCAAACAUUGUGGGAGGGAUUAGCAUUUACAAGUCCACACUGUCUCCAGCAAUAUUUGGGGUUUUCCCAGCUGUUUGGUAACAAUCCAUGGUGUUAUAAAGAAUGAGUAUUAUUUUGCAUACAAAUUCUUUCCAUCUAUUGGAUCUGGUUGACGUUUGUUGUGUUUUACACAAGUCAUGCCAAUCACUUUCCAAUAGUUUAAUAUUUAAUUUUUUCCCAUUUUGAUUUGGCUGAAACAAAGUUAUCAUUUUGGCUCUGUAGCCCCUUAUAUAGUCUAAUCAAAUCAAAUCAAACUUUAUUUAUAAAAGCGCCUUUCAUUCACAGAGUAACCCAAAGCGCUUCACAUUUAAAAACAGAACAUACACAAUAAAAGCUCAACCCACCCUUCACACACACCCUCCACAUAACACAUACACCCAUGACCCCACACACAAUGAAUACUUAAAACAAAAAAAAACAAAAAACUUGUAAAAUUAACUUAAGGCUUGGCUCUGCUGUGAGGAAACAGUAUUGGUGAAUAACUUACUUUUAAAACUUGGGUUUUUGUCAUAUUUAAAUGAUAUCCAGAUAGCUGUCCAUAUUUUUCCAAUGUAGCCAUGAGUUUUGAAAGAGUUACAUUUGGGUUUUGUAAGUAAGUAAUGAUAUCAUCUGCAAAAAGUGCUAUUUUAUUAUUAGUAUUUCCUAUUUAAUUCCUUCCAGUUCUUCAUUUUGUCUAAUUGCUUGGUGUAAUAGUCAGGGGGUUGGACUGGCUCUUUUAGGACUUUCAUAUGUCCCCUGAUGAUGAUGUCAUUAUAGCCACGCGGGACUGAAGCGUGCACUUUGUCGCUGGGACCAGACCUUCUUUUUUUUUCUGGUGUAACCCUCAGGUUGUGCCGCUCUUGUUUUUUAUAUGCAUAUUCGGGACAUUAGCCGUCCAACCGGGCUUUAUAAGGUUGAUGACAACAUUAAUAAAAAAAAGACGAACAUUGUUGGAGCCCCAAACGUCACCUAGUCGUGAGUUUUUGUUGCCAUCCUCUUUUUUUCUCUCUGCUGAGUUCCUGGGACUUUGCACAACCUGUGAACGUUACAUUGGGCUAAGGGUUCUAUAGAUAUGGCAAAAAGAGAGGGACUAUGACAAUGAAGGAGCGUAGAAAGCUCUAUGCAAGUAUACACCAUUUACCAUUUACAACAUCCCUGGUGGGUACCUCUGAACAAUUGAAAGCUAUCAGUGAGGUGGCUAUUAAUUUUUACUCUGGCUGUUGGGUUACUGUACAGUGCUUGUAUAUUUGCAAUAAUUUUUUUAUGGAAUCCAGACGUCCGAGUACUUUGUAGAGAAAAAGCCAGCUGACCCAAUCAAAGGCCUUUUCUAUGUCAAGGCUGAUUAAAGCUAAUUUAAGUUGUUGUCUUUUUGCCUGAUCUACAAUAUGUAGUGUUCGUCUAAUGCUAUGACGUGUUUGUCGUCCUUUAAUAAAUCCUGUUUGGUCUUUGUGUAUUACUUUCUGCAAAUUCUGCUCCAUUCUUUUGGAGAUUGAAGAGGUAAAUAAUUUAUAAUCAACAUUCAAAAUUGAAAUUGGCCUAUAAGAUUCACAGUAUUCUCUGUUCUUCCCUUCUUUGGGAAGAACAGAUAUUACAGCGUCUCUCCAUGAUUGUGGGGAUUGGGAUCAGGGGGUGAUUAGGUUAACUUGUUCCACCUGGUUUCCAUCCUCCUAACGAAUGCACCUGUAGUUCCCUCCUAUUUAGGUCUGCAUUUCUCCUGCCUACACUGCCAGAUCGUCUUGUGUGUUUUUUGAGAAUCACGAGCCCUCUAGCCUUUCAGCAUCAACGCUGUAAAAAUUAAAUUACUUUCUUUUGAGCCAUUCUGUGUCCUGCGUUUGUGUCCGCGCCCAGAUCUUGACAAUGAUGCUGGUAUCUCAGCUUUGUUAAGGCUCCAAUUAAAGGAGUCCAGUAAUAUUCUUCCUUAAAUAUUUUAUAGCAUUCGUUUUUGAAGCCAUCACUGCCUGCAUUUGUUUGUUUUUAAUUUUCCAAUAGCUGUAUUCAGUUCUUCUCUUGUUAUAGGUGUAAUCAAACUGUCACUUUGAUUUGUUUCCAGUUAGGGCAAGUCAAAAGCAGAAAGAUAAUUUCUGCUUUUUCUGCUUUACAUUUUCUGAGAUCGCUGGUGGACAUGAAUACAGUGUUCUAUGUAGGGCUGUGGAUCAUUGCUUUAGUGGUGGUCCGAUUCGAUUCACAAAUUGAACCACGAUUCUUACUUUUUAAUAUGUUUAUUCUAGGGCUGUCAGAUUUUGUCAUGGUCCCCCUACGCUCCUCCUCCACCUCCUAAUUGGACCCAGCUGUCGGCACUCUUCAUCUACUCUCCAGCCUACUUAAGAGGAGCUCUCCCCAGCAUUCUUCGCCAGUUCGUUGCCUUAACCGGUGAAGUUACCUGGCCUCUUAUGUACAAGUCUCGUAUGUAUUCUCUGAGUCUCGCCUUCGUCUCACAACUGAACUCCUCUACCUCCAGGUCCUACCUUCCACGUGCCGACCUGGGUCCUGCCUCGUCUUCCACCUCCUCUUCAUCCAAGCCUAUCUUCUCCUCGUCACGCACCUGCUGUCGAACUCACCUCUUCGAGCCACCUGGCCGCUCCAGUCUGCCGCUGGUCCUCGCUCCCCAAGUCUCCAUCUCCACUCCUGGUUCUGGACGUACUCCUUCAUCUCCACGGACAAUAAACCUCUAUUUAUUCCA